AUGAUGUUCAAGUAUCUCUGGUCGAAGCCUGCAGGCGGCGGGCCUGCACCGCUGAUCAGCAAUCCUGUCCCGCACUGGAUGUUAGCGCUCGUAGCUACACAUCUUUUCUUGUUUUGUGCUUCAGCCUUCACAUUUGCGUUUCCCAGCAUUACUGACAUGUCUUGUCAAACGCUCUUGGUCAGCUCCGCGUACUGCGGAGUAUGUGGAGCUGUAGCUUUCACCAUGUUGUUCUACUUCUCGGUCCUCUCUUGUCAGACAUGGGGAACCGAGCAAUACUGGACUAUUGCAGCAGUGGUCACACUCAGCAUGGCGUUCGUUGACAUUGUCACUGCCGGUUGGGGAAUUUACGUGCUUGUCCAGGCGACCAGAAACCUUGUCAUAGCAGAUCGUGAAACGCAGGUGGGAUGCCAACACUGGAAAGCAGUCGCGUUCUACUAUGGUACGGCUUGCGUCAUCAGUCUGCACGUUGUCAUCGCCCUAUUGUGUGGGGCUCUUUCAUUCCUUUUAGCCGGCCGAAUUUCCUCGCAGCUUGAGGAGAUUCGCCGGCUGGUUUAA